ACAGCACUGUAGCCGGGAGAGCAUUCCCAGUUGUCUCUGGCCUCCCGCUCUCUCUUAGUGAGGGGAGGAUUUUAUCGCAACAGCAGGCACAAACCCUGACAGUACUAAGAGGAGCUCAAAUACAACACACCCACGGCUUGUGCACACACAUGCACUCUCGCCCUCUUCCUUUCUCUCCAAUGCACACAUUUCGUGCAAGCUACAAAGCAGCUGACCUUACAACAAAGCUGCACACUGCACAGAGGAGAGUGGGGUGAAAGGAGAGGAGAGGUGACAGCUCUUAGUCAGUUAGCAGUGUGUGACUAACUCCCCUGGAAAAAGUCUGCAUGACAGGAGCAGUGGGAGGGGUGAUAAGACCAAGACAAUAACUACAACACAAAGGAGGAGAAACGCUUCCAACAAACAAGACAUUGGAGGAUUGCUGCGGACACACAAGUGAUUUUAUCCUUUGUUGGCAUUUGACACCAAGGGAUGUAGUCAACAGCAAGUGAAGGAAUGAAGUUUACAUGGACUGACCCAUGGAGACAAGGAGCUGGAGGCUGUACUCUGUGAAAAGCUCAUCUUUGCACAAAUUGUGAAUAUCUCACAAAAGCAUCAGCGGUGCAGUUUUUACCUUUUUGCAGGACUGUCUGCUGUGACUGCCAUGCCCCUGUUCAGCUGGAUGAAAUGGUCCAAUGAAACAAGAGCGCAGGCUCAGGAUGAAGCGGCACCUCUAGAGACCGCAGGGGCCGUACCCAGUCGCAUGUUGAUCAGAGAGCUCUUGUGGCAUGUGGAGGAACGUGAGCGGCUGGCGAGGGAGCUGGAGCGGGAGCACAGGCUGGCCCACAGCGCCCUGGGUCUCCACUGGUUUCAGAAGUACCCCAGGUUACGGACCCUCAUCCCCACAUCAGAGCUACACCAGCUGGAGUUCCUGUGUGCCCAGAUCCCACCCAUCCACGCAGCCACCGUGCUCUCCAGGUUUCGUGAGGUGCUUGCCACUAACAACAUAAGGCCCUGGGAGCUGGCGUCGGUCUUCAAGCAGGUGCUGAGGGACUUCCUGAGCCAAAAGGAGUAUGGUGAAGAGGACGACCUGUCAGUGCAGCCAGCACAGCUCCGACCAAUGGAAGCUUGGACCAGCCGCUACAAAAUGAAACAGGGUUUUGUCACACCCACCGUCCCUAACUGUGGACACCACCCAAGGGAAGAGAUCCCAACAAUCUCCGGAUAUGUGGACCGGGCCAUGCGGCACUCCAGUUCAUUCACAGGGUCACAGAGGGACUGGGACCUUCCAUAUUACUAUCCAGUUCCUCUCAGGCCCACAGAGGCAUACAGCACAACACUGUGAGAGGACAAACUGCUCAAAACAUUGGUGGUCUUGUGCUUAACACAAGGAAAAACAGUUAUCACAUACACAGCAUGGAGAUGAGAUGCAAAAACUUGAUUAUUUGUAGUAGUUGUAAAUACAUCAUAGCUUGUGACCAAAAAUAUGAAGACAUCAUUAGGCUUGGUGGACAAUUUAUUUUACUGUUACAUUACAAGAACCAGUUUGUCACCUGCUCUUUUUAAUCGAUAGGCCUGUAGUCCUGAUUACAAACCUCAGUUAGACUUUGUACAGUUGGACAUGUAUUUCAAAGACAUAUUGUCAGGUAGUGAAGACAAGCGUGACUUGGACCAAUGGGUCCCAGCCUUUGUGAGUAUUUAAAGUGAAGCAAUGUCGACUUCUUGCGACCGCUUGUCACUAGCAUAAAUUGUCUUUGAGUUUUGAGCAGUUCAGCCAAAGAGUGAUGUUCCCUUCUCAGAUGGUUUCAUCUGAACAGUUUUAGAGCCUUAAAAAAGGUAAAACUAUCAAGUAUUUAACAAUAAAAGGAGCUUGUGAUUAUAGAAAGAUUCCAUAAGAUUAGAGAAAAUAAAGAUCAUUUGUGUAGUAGA